AUAUAUAUGUUUAUUUAAUUAUUUAUUCAUUUAUGUGUGCGCGGGUGUGUGUGCACAGUAGAUGUAGCUCCCGCAUUUUUUCUGCAAGACAAAGGGAGAAGCAUUUAACAUCUGGCGGAACAACAACAAGGAAGAAGAAAGACUGAUUCAGCCGCGAUUGCAUGUUACACGCCAACGUAUUCAUAUCCUUUACGAGAAAUUGCAUCAGAUCAAGUAUAAGAACUUUUUAUAAAAUGGCUGAAAAUAGUAAUCAAGAAGGAAGUAAUGGAAAGAGAGGAGCUCUUAUAGUGAUAGAAGGGUGUGACAGGACAGGAAAAACCACACAAUCUGAAAUGCUGGUUGAAUCAUUAAAGAAGGAAGGCAAGCCUGCAAUAUUUAUGAGGUUUCCAGAAAGAGGAACACACAUUGGAGGUAUCAUCAGUAGUUACUUGUCAUGUGAAAAAGACUUAGAAGACCAUGCCAUACAUCUUCUCUUCUCUGCAAACAGAUGGGAAUUAUUGCCAAAGAUUUUAUCAGAGCUGAAAAGUGGAACAUCAAUAAUUGUAGAUCGAUAUGCCUUUUCUGGUGUUGCCUUUUCUGCUGCCAAGAAGGAUAUGAGUUUGGAGUGGUGCAAGAAGAGUGAUGCUGGACUUCCAAAACCAGAUCAAGUGUUGUUUCUUGACUUGCAGCCAGACGAAGCAAAAAGGCGAGGGCAGUUUGGAGCGGAACGUUAUGAAAAGGAAGAGUUUCAGAAACGUGUCUAUGAAAAUUUCCAGUUGCUGAAGGAUGACUCGUGGAAGCUUAUUGAUGCAAACAAGAGUGUUGCAGAUUUACAGGAAGUUUUAAAAACUGAGGCAUUAAAAACUAUAGAAAAUGUUAUGGAACAAAAUGAUGAACUGAAGACGCUCUGGGUCUGAGAGACAUGAUUAUGAAGAUUCAGCAAUGUCCAAAUUUUAUGUGUGAGACAUUUAUCUGAUAAUAUGGCAUUUAAUAUUUUUUUUCAACUGCAGUAUUCCUUUCACUUUUUAUUUUGUUAUGCUUUUAUUUAUAGGCUUUGUAGAUGAUUUUUCAUUUAAAUUUAGAUUUUCAGUAAAGUUAUGUGAUAUUUAUAAUAUGUGCUAGCCUUUACAAGGUGAGCAUAAGCUGUUCUUGUCCAUCAUGCACCCAUUUGUUAUGUCACAGGAAGUUAACAUUCAUACAAACUGCUACCAGAUAAUUUAUGUCUAAGGCCUAGAGAGCAUUUGAAGGGAUGAAUAAAGUUAAUUGUGUCAACCAUGACAAAGAGUUCCUGAAUGUCAGGUAUGUGAUUUGCUUUUUGAUGUUUUAUCUUUAUCAGAGUCCUAUGAUUAAUGAAAUGUUGAUUUCCUGAAUGUUCAGGUACGCAUGAAGCCUCCUGCCAGUUAGUAUUGUUGAUUCUCAGGAUAUAGGUUAACUCUGUUGUACUAAAUCGCAAAUGGUCUCUACAGACUUAGCUCGUUCAUUCCGGGUGCCUCACUCUUUGCCUGUGGCCCAAAAUCUAGUCAUCAGGCUUACUUGAGAGGCGACUGUCCUGGGUGUAUGGCUUGUAGGCCAAGGUGUUAAGACUCCUUGCAUAUAUUUGUCAUUUGAAAUACUGUAUCAAGAUGGUAGUUAAUAGCAGCAACAAUAACAAGAUUAAGAUUGUAUUUUGUGUUAUUUUAAAAAUAUUUUCAUGAUAUUCAAAUUUAUAUAAUACAUGUGACCAUCAGUACAUUUUAUGCUCAUUUACCAAUGGGAAUAAUGCAAGAGCUCUUUCAUAAAUGCCCACAACAGUCUAAGAGCUUUGUGGUGCAAAUGUCAUUCCCACACCCAGGCCUUAAGCCAAGAUUCUCCAGCAUAUUCCCAUCACCCGGGCCCUCAGCCAGAGUUUUUCAUGACACCUUUUUCACGCCACUGGGCCCUCAAGCCAAAACAAUUUCAUGAUGUGAUGGUCACGUUUCCAGAUCCAGAUGAUUGAAUAGCAUUUUAUUGAUCAGCUUUAUAGAAAUAAGUUUCAUUUUCCUGUGUAAGAUUUGUUUGCUUUACCAUAAAUUAACCAGCACAGGUUUCAUUAUCAUAAAAAAUAACCCUGUGCCUUUCAGUGUGAUAUACUAUUUUUAGAUUGGAUUAAGUGCAAUUUUUGAUGACAAAAGAAUCAGUUUGAAUAUACAUUCUCUUCAUUCUCUUCCAAAGCCUGAAAUUUAUAUGCACCAAUGUCUAUAUUUGGCUGAGAUGAUGUUGCAGGGCAGCUGAGUGUAUGUAAAUCUCCUAGCAUCAUUGUCCAACAUUUUUAACCCCAGUCUGGAGCAAAGUUAAUAUUAGGAAGGGCAAAGCCAAAGGUAACAAAAAUGAACAUGAGAACCAUUGCAGACAUGAGAUAUAAUGAAAAUGUAAAAAAAAAAAAACCAUUGUCAACACAUAUGUGGUGUAAAAUGAUUGUACUCAGCAUUAUACAAGCUAGUUUUAAUGUAUUUCCUUUAAUCUCAUAUAUUUUUUUAAACUGAUAAAUAAUUACUAACCACAUACUGGUCAGGUACUUGUAUAAUUAUUUUGUUUUACAUACAAGUUCUAUGUGUUAGCCCUUGUUUUCAUUUUUAGUUAUGAUUAUGGUAAUUGCAUCUGUAAUGGAUGAUAGUAACUAGAGUUAUGAAUUUAAAUUAAAAGCUGUGAACUAUUAGUGUAGCACAUCAUUCAUAUUAUUUUUAAAAGUAAAACCAAGUAAUAAUAUAUUUUAAAAAUAAAUUGAUAUUUCUGGGACCAUAUGAAUAUCAUCCCUGUAACAAACAUGUGAUAGUAUUUAUACCAAUGAACAAAUGUGAUCAAAUUAAUUGUUAUAUAAUCAAUAAAGGGUUUACACUA